UCCGUGCAGCCGGGGGAGAUGAGUUGGUUCAACGCCUCGCAGCUCUCCAGCUUCGCCAAGCAAGCUUUGUCGCAGGCGCAGAAGUCCAUCGACCGGGUGCUGGACAUCCAGGCCGAGGAGGAGGAGGAAGAGGGCGAGGGGGGCCCUGACAGGAUCGCCCUGCCCAGACCCGGCGAGGCUGGAACAAAUUCACUGACGAAUGGAGGAUGGGAUACUUCUGCCUGGGGGUUAAAUCCUGAUCCUGAAACUCAAGGUCAGCCGAUACCCUCUCCUACUGCAAUUACCAAACCAGUUAGGAGGACUGUGGUAGAUGAAUCAGAAAACUUCUUCAGUGCCUUCCUCUCACCUACAGAUGUUCAGAGCAUACAGCAAAAUGCAGUUGUAUCUAAGCCCCCCACCAAAUCACAGCGACCCAAGGAAGAAGUGAAGAGGACACUGCAAGACUCUCUGCACAGUGACCCACCAGAAGCACCUGUAGAAACUGAAGCAAAAGACUUCUCUGUAAUUGCACUAGUAGAACUGGAAAAUCUCAGCGAUUCCCAGGAACAGUUAGAAGAAAAUAGCUCAGUUCUAGAUACUGAAGACAAGCACGAUGAAAACAACACUCAAGACACUGAUCAACAGGUGUCUGCUGAGAAUGUCAGUGUCGGAAAAUCCACCGAUGUUGUCGAAUCAGAUUCAGGAAGUGAUGGACCUGUACAUAUUCCUGAAAUUCCUGCACAAGCUCUGCCCACGGAGACAAAGACCGUAGGUUUGGAAACUAAGGAACGCAAAAGUGAGGACCGGCAAAGCAAUACACCUUCCCCUCCCGUUAGCACUUUCUCCUCAGGGACAUCCACAACUAGCGAUAUUGAAGUUUUAGACCACGAAAGUGUAAUAAGCGAGAGCUCAGUCAGUUCGAGACAAGAGGCUGCUGAUUCGAAAGCCAGCCUUCAACUGAUGCAAACGUCCUUUCAGCUUUUAUCAGCAUCCGCUUGCACAGAAUAUAACCGUCUUGAUGACUUUCAGAAACUGACCGAGAGUUGCUGCUCCUCCGACGCUUUUGAAAGGAUAGACUCGUUUAGCGUGCAAUCGCUAGACAGCCGCAGCGUCAGUGAAAUAAACUCAGAUGAUGAAUUGUCAGGCCGGGGGUGCGUUUCAGCGUCGGUCACCAUCAGCCCUCUAACGCCAAAAAGCGAUGUCACUGACCCUGUUCAAAGCAAAUCUGACAAGAUUGUCAGCGAGACUCUUGCGCUGCCCGUAGAGGAAGCAGAAAUGGAGGAAAGUGGACGGAGUGCCACCCCCGUUAACUCUGAACAGCCGGAUGUCUUGAUUGUUCCCAUACGGAUUCUUGAAGAGCAUGCCCCAAAAGAAGAGAUGGGGGUGCUUCGUCCCAGUGCUGAAAAGUUGUCCAGCGUAGAGUGUGAAAAAGAAGAACUUUGCAAGAUUAUUGAUUCAUUGACAGAGAAGCUGGAGAUAAGGGAAAAUCGGCUAUUAAGUGUCAGUAAAGAGAAGGCAUGCCUCGAAGAAGCUUAUGAUAACCUCAAAGAUGAAGUCUUCAGAAUGAGAGAAGAAAACAGUAGCAUUUCAUCUUUGAAAGAGGAGUUUGCUCAGCGAAUAGGAGAUGCGGAGAAAAAGGUCCAGUUAGCAUGCAAAGAGAGAGAUACAGCUAAAAAGGAAGUAAAGACUCUCAAAGAAGAUCUAGCAACGAGACUGAACAGUAAUGAAACUGCUGAGCUACUAAAAGAGAGAGAUGAACAAAUUAAAGGGUUAAUGGAAGAAGGAGAAAAGCUCUCAAAACAGCAGUUGCAAAACUCCAACAUCAUUAAGAAACUGAGGACUAAGGAGAAGGAAAGAGAAAACUCGUAUUCAAAACAGAGUAAAAAAGUGAAAGAAUUAGAAGAGGAGUUACAGCAUCUGAAACAGGUACUGGAUGGCAAAGAGGAAGUCGAGAAACAGCACCGGGAGAGCAUUAAGCAGCUAAAUAGUUUGGUUGAACGGCAGGAGAAGGACCUUAGCAGACUCCAGGUGGAACUGGAAGAUCUUGAAGAGAGGAACCGGAGUGUCCAAGCAGCCCUUGAUAACGCAUAUCGAGAUCUGGCAGAUCUUCACAAAGCAAAUGCUACGAAGGACAGUGAAGCACAAGAAGCAGCGUUAAGUCAUGAAAUGAAAGCCAAGGAGGAGCUGGGCCUUGCUUUAGAAAAGGCCCAAGAGGAAGCUCGUCAGCAACAAGAAGCUUUAGCAAUUCAGGUGACAGAUUUAAGAUUGGCCCUGCAGCGUGCAGAGCAGCAAACAGCAAGAAAGGAAGAUUAUUUACGCCAAGAAAUAGCUGAACUGCAGCAGAGACUUCAGGAAGCGGAGACUCGCAAUCAAGAGCUCAGCCAAAGUGUGACCUCUGCGACGAGGCCACUGCUGCGGCAAAUAGAGAACCUACAGGUGACCUUGGCAGCACAGACUGCAUCCUGGGAGAAGCUUGAGAAAAAUCUCUCUGAUAGGCUGGGGGAAUCUCAGACUGCCCUAGCUGCACAGACUGAAAGAGAACGUGCUGCUACAGAAGAACUUCUUUCCAAUAAAAUCCAGUUAUCUUCUGCUGAAUCGCAGAAUAGUCUCCUCAGGCAAGAAAACAGCCGCCUUCAAGCUCAACUAGAAGCAGACAAAGUCAGGCUCAAGAAACUAGAAAAUGAAAACAAUCGGUACGACGUUGAGCUUGAAAACCUUAAAGAAGAAUAUGUGAAAACUGUUGAAGAGGCAAAGAAAGAAAAGGUGCUGUUAGCUACUCAGCUAGAAAUGGAAAAAAUGAAAGUAGAGCAAGAAAAAAAGAAAGCAAUCUUUGUACAAGAAACAGCAAGAGAAAAGGAGCGUAAAUUAUUUACUCAGUCAACAACAGAAACAGUCUCAAGUACGCCAACGCUGUCACGUUCAAGCUCCGUAAGUGGGGUUGAUAUGGCCGGGCUUCAGGCCUCCUUCAUAUCCCAGGAUGACUCUCAUGAUCACUCCUUUGGUUCAAUGUCUACAAGUGGGAGCAAUCUCUAUGAUGCAGUGAGAAUGGGAGCAGGUUCAAGUAUUAUUGAAAAUCUGCAGUCACAGUUAAAAUUACGUGAUGGAGAAAUUUCUCACCUACAGCUAGAAAUUGGAAACCUUGAAAGAACUCGGUCAGUAAUAGCAGAAGAGCUGGUAAAAUUAACAAAUCAAAAUGAUGAUUUGGAAGAAAAAGUAAAGGAGAUACCCAAGCUACGUGCACAACUAAGGGAUUUGGAUCAGAGAUAUAAUACUAUUCUCCAGAUGUACGGUGAGAAAGCAGAAGAGGCAGAAGAACUGAAGUUGGACCUUGAAGAUGUGAAAAACAUGUACAAGACUCAGAUUGAUGAACUUCUAAAACAAAGACACAGUUAAUUACUGUUGAAGUUGU